AUGGCAUCUGAUCGAAUUAGCACCCUUCGGCCUCGAGAUGUCUACGAAUAUGAGCCUGAUGGCCACCAUCCCAUCCAUCUAGGAGAUACAUAUGGCAGAAAUGGCCGGUAUCGUGUCAUCCACAAGCUUGGCAGUGGUUCUGAUGCCGAAGUAUCUAGCGAUAAUUGUCCAGAACUCAGGGUCAACCAGAUCCGAGAGUCUCUAGAGCAGAAUGCUGAUGAAUGCAGCGGUGCGGGCCUGUUCUUGGACCAAAUGUCUCUUGGUUUCUUUCAUGCUUCAGGAGAUGCGGACCAGGACUUAAGAGCUCUGGGGCUACAGGUCACGAAGGCUAUCACAUUUCUUUACCGCAGAGGGAUAUGCCAUGGUGGGCUUGACGGCCUCAAUGAGAUCAAGUAUUGUCGAUUCUGGGCCGUCCAGUCGUCAAUCCUGUCCUCGACGCAUCUCACGAGCAGUAUCAUGGGGAUUCGGCCCCUGACUACCUUAAAAGCUUCACUACCUUCAGAUAUAUGGGGAUUGGGAUGCACCAUUUUCGAGACCAGAACAGGUAGAACGCUCUUUUGCCCAUUUGACGAUGACGACGAGUAUUUGUUCGCCUUUAUCGAAGCACUAUGUAUGAUGACAAAAAUCGACGAGAAUGGCAUGGCUAUUCCUGUUACCAUGUCGAUACCUAAACCGGUGAAUGACGAAAAGAAUAAGUGGACAAGCACUGUGCAUCCAUCUUUUGCCGUAAACGCUCGAUCGCUGGCUAAGAUUGCGCCUGGGUUUUUGGUACAUGUCGGACUAUGGUCCCGGAACGGAUCGCCACCGAGAUAUUCCAGAGACAGAGCAGAAAGUCUUAGCUGA